CUGGAUGAGCUAUACCAUAUUGCAUACGGCUAUAGAGCUGCGCUCUCCCCUUUCGAUACCCAACUCCUACAUCGGAGCCCACAAGAUGCCAUACCGGGCAUGGAUGCCCUCGCCGACUUCGACUCAUACCCCCCCGCGAAUCUAAUGGUUGGUGUCAUCGCGAACCCCAACAGGAUGCCGGCUGCCCUUGAGAAAGAGGCGAUACAGAAUCCAAACUUCACCGCAGCUGUCAGACAGCUACGGGACAAAAAGGACGUCAGGUUUAAAGCUGACUCGAACGGCACCCGAGCCGCAGGCCAGAGCAGGUUGGUCUUCAUUAUAUCCUCAACGGACGUUAGCCAGAAGACAUGCGCCGCGCAGGCAUUUCGGAUACCCGUGGAUAUAUACUACGCCGGUCGGUCGGGUGCCGCCUCCUCCUGCAUCUCCAUAAUGCAAUCUGCCUCAUACUAGAGAAAAAGGAGCGUGACUACGGUCAGAACGUAUAUUGGAAUCUCAUGACCAUGUGUCUUCGAUUGUCCAUCUGGAUACAGCAAAUUGGAGGAUUGACCCGUGGAUACCGCCACAUGCUGCUGAAUGAAGGCUGAAAUGUGCUUUUACCAAAUACUACCUUCUCAUAUCCGCGCUCGACAUCCAAUUCAAGGCCCCAUAGAUGAGGCAGCUACCGGAGAUGUUACAUCAA